AUGAACAGUGGGGAUAUAGUUGAAUCGCGAAGAAACUCCACCAAGCGGGCUAAGGUAGUGGAAGACGUCGUGAAGCUCGAGAAGAAGAUAUUUCCAAAACACGAGUCUCUUGCCAGGUUUUUCGACCAAGAACUGAGAAAACAGAAUUCUGGAUUGUUUUUCCUGGACUUACAUGGAGAAGUCGUAGGUUAUGUAAUGUCUUGGCCUUCUUCUCUUUACGUUACUAUCGCCAAACUCGCAGUGAAGAAGUGUAGGAGACAAGGUCAUGGAGAAACACUACUGAAGGCAGCUAUUGAGAAAUGCAGAACCAGAAACAUUCAGCGUAUAGGUCUUCAUGUUGAUCCCUCGAUGACGGCGGCUAUGAAUCUCUACAAGAAACUUGGGUUCCAAGUUGAUAGCUCGAUUGAAGGAUACUACCCUGGGGAUCGAGAUGCCUACAGAAUGUACUUGGAAUUUUGAUCAGCGUAGUCUUUCAACUAGGCUACACAUUUUCUGAGUUAAAUUUCAUAUUUCAGAGAAGCGCUGAGCAUUUUUGUUGUAAUUUUAUUAUGCAUGUGAGGAAGUAAUUGAUGAUGAUGUUGAGUUUUAUGGAUCA